UAACCCUUUUCGGUCUCAUGAAAUAACAGUCUUAACAAACACAGUUAAAAAGCCUAGGGCUAAUUCAUUAUAAAUUCACAGUGAAGUAAAAUGGAAAAACGGUUUCCUGCAAUUUUUGGAAUAAUUACAUUAGUUUUAUUGUGUGCUGGAGCUUUCUCUCCCUGGUGGUUUGCCUUUGACAAUGUUCAAGAAGGUGCUAAAAUGAGUGGAGAACGUCAUUAUACUUCAGACAGUAUUGAAGUAUAUAUUGGAUUAUUUUAUUAUGUUGCUGUAGGGGAAGAUUUUAGAAAAGUUAUGGGGUAUGAAGAUUUUAUUGGAUCCACCACAAUAAAAAUUGGCUUGCUUGAAUACCAGGUAGAGGUUAUCCUGGGAAUUGUCUUAUGUUUAAUAUCAGUCAUACUGACUUUCACAUACAAAAAGGAAGGGACACAUGGCGUUUUGGUUGCUAUUUUCAUAAUGUACAUUAUAGCAGGAAUAUCUACAUUUAUUGCAGUCGGGCGUUGGUUUACCCGCAUGAUACAUGUAUCUUUUAAUAUUUACUCAAUUAAACCCAUUGGCGUCCCAUACUCUUUGAUUUUAAGUGGAAUUGGAGCCCUUUUUUGUGGGAUCAUAAUGAUAUAUGUUAGCUUCAUGUACUGCCAGCACACCGCUGCUAGACCAGCCCUGGUGUAUUCUGGUGUUGCAAUGACCGAAUAUCCACAAACACAGCCGUAUACAGAAGGGCCGCUGCCAUAUGGACAAGGGCCGGUGCCAUAUGGACAAGAGCCGCCGCCAUAUGAACAACUCCAGGGGAAACAUAGCAUCGUAUAGAACUAUGGUAAUUGUGGUAGCAUUAUAUAAAUAACAACAAAAAUGAUUUGUGCGUCAACCAAUCAAUGAAAUUUGUAUAUGAAAAUAUAAAAUAACGAUUGAUAAGUUAACUUACACCAACACUGUUAUUACAAAAUUUAAUGUACAUUUUAUAUAUGAUAUUUAAAAGCACACACGUAUAUUUCAUCAU